CCCCCCCCGCCACCGGAGGACGCCGCUGGCGUGAGCGGGGCCAGCGCGGGGCCCCCGGGCGCCGCCCCGCCUCCCUCCCCCCUGUCCUCAAGUCGGGCCGAGCAGGGUGGUCGUCUCCCGCCACGUCUCCGCACCGAAUCUUUCCCAGGACCGAAAGGACCACCCGCAAUGGCCGGCAUCAUGGCCGUCGGUGAGACCGGCGUCGCUGUGGGCAGCUGGAUGGUCUGCUCCAUCGGCAUGAUGCUCUUCAACAAGUUCGCCAUCAAGGCGUUCCCAGUGGAGUGCACGCUGGUGGCGCUGCAGAUGUUCGUGUCGGUACUGGCGAUGGUGUGCUUCUGCUUCAGGGGGAUCCACAUAGGCUCGGCCAGGGACGUGCUGCGUUGGUCCAUGGUGGCGCCCUUCUUCACCGGCAUGCUCCUGUCCUCCAUCCUGGCCCUCAAGUUCGCCCCGAUGAGCCUUGUGGUCGUCUUCCGCACGCUCUCCCCCCUGCUGUCUCUGCUCAUCGAGCGUAUGUACCCGGACCCGCUCCGCAUCAGCGCCCCGAUGCUGGGCAGCAUCUUCACCAUGG